AUGGAGGCGGCGGGCGGGAACGGGACGCGUCUAGCGUGGCGCACCACGCCCGAUUUGCUGCUGGACGACGAGUCACUUGUGAAUGUCAUUACAAGUCUGCGUGCGCAGGUCAAGGCUCUGGAGAAGAAUGAGCUGCUGAGUGGAGCUGCGUUGCCCUCAUGGCUAAUCAAAGCUCUGGCCGAAGUGGCCAGCAAUGUGGAUGCAGUUGUCGAGUGCCAAACAUUGCGGGAUCAAGUGGCGUCGUUGCAGAAGGAGGUGCUGGACUUGCGCCAUGAAAUGCUGCUCAACGCGUCCAGCUCGGGCAGUGGCUCUUCCUCGCCGGCGUACAACCCGACACCGCACCAUCGACAGUCAAUCGGCCGGCAACGGGCCCAGGCAGCACCAUCGACUUCGCCAACCCGCUCGUUGAUGACGAUGCCGUCCUCCAAGGAUAUGUCCGACGCCUUUGCUGCCGCCGGAGAGACUGCAGCCUUGGUGCAGCCAGCAGGUGAAAGCGUCAGGCCAGUUACAAGUGGUGUUUCCGCUCAAUACGUGGAGACCCUGGUCAAGCCUCUAUGGGACUUUGUGCAUCGCCAAACGAACGAUUUCUCCUCGUUGAAGCAAGCUUUCCAAGAGGCCAAGGACACCGUGACGCGGUUACAGUCUGAGAUCAAGCGUCGUGACGCUGUCAUCAAGGCGCGCAACGAGAAGCACGAAGGCGUCGUGCAAACGCAGAUGGAUAAGCUCAACGAGAACCUGCGCGCGUGCGUAACCAGGAACGAUCUCAUUAAUGCGGAGCAGAGGAUCGGCCAGCAGAUGAAGAUCGACCGUCAGCGCAUGCUCGACGAGGUGGACGCGAGAUCGAACAAACUCAUGGAAGAUAUGCUCGCCUCACGGUCAGACCAGGAGGACAUCAAUAGCUCGAACGCCGAGAUGAUGGAGCUACUGGCCAGAAAGCAGGGCCGCACGGAAGAGAUCAUUAUGGAGUACGGCAGGAAGCAGGACGACAUGGAAGAGCGGCUUGAAGGUGUCAAGACGUCGCUGAUGGAGACCACAACGAACCUGGAAGUGAACAUGUCGGCGGUGGCUGCGCUGGAAGAGAAGGCGACAGGCUUCGAGGAGACGCAGAAGCUUGUCAUGCACCUCUCUGCUGAGAUGGCCAAGGCGUUCAAGGCCCAUGAAGAACUGAAGACGUACAUGGAGAAUCGUAUGGUGGAGAAGAUAACCGAGAGCGUGGCGAUAGUGCGUGCCGAAGUCGUCGCCGUCCAGACUGUCGUGAAUGACUUGGUGAGCCUGAACCUCGAUGGCGAGAUCAAGGCGGUGGCGUCCAAGCUCGACAUGGUCGCGCUCACUGCCACUGACAGCGUAAGGAAGAUUGCGGCGAUCCAGAAGCAGACGUUUGCAACCGAUGAUCACAACAAGAUGCAGUUUUCGCAGGCCUUCGACUCCAUCGACCGCAUCCAGCAGAGCUUGAGCAAUCUCUCAGAGGAGAGUAUCCAUCUCUCGUACACGUUGCAGCGCACAAUCGAUAACGCAGAGAAGUUGACGAACGAGGUGAACAACUACAAGGACUUGACGGACCGCUCCCUCAAUGGCCUGCAGACGUCAACGCUCAACCUCCGAUCCGACCACGAAAAGCUCACUCAAGCGAUGGACAACGAGCUAGCCAUGGUGAAGAACCAACUUUUCCACUUCGAAGAGGUGACGUCGGCCCACAAGCGAGAAAUUGAGGAGACGCAGCGCGAAGUGGAUAGGAACUUCAAGAACCAGUACCACGAGAACCAGGCCAUCAACUCGUCCUUGGACAGCCUACACGUUGCUAAGGAGGAGAUCAUAGCUCGACAGGACUCGGCCGAGACUCAGAUGAUGGCCCUCCAAGCGGAAAACCGAGCGGAGAUUCAAGCUGCGACCGCGAAGCUCGUGGCCAUUGUAGACAAGGAGUCCGACCGCGUGGAGGCGCUGUACGCCUCGUUCCAGCAGAAGCAGGAGCAUUUCGCGGAUGUGGUGGCCCGCUCUUCGAUCCGCAACAUGGACCUGGCCGACAUGAACCGCGAGAUCGACCGCGUGUGUGAGAACUUCGUGUCCGAGUGCUGGAAGUUCGAGACGUCGGCGCGGUCCAGCAGCAAGCACAGCGCGCGCCCGUCCGACAACAACGCGGGAGGCAGGAAGCUCUUUAACGAGCGGCAGCAGCAGCUGCUGGUGCGCGACUGCCAAUUCAUCGCCGACUUGAUGGUGGCCCGGGCCGAGUACGAGAUCCUGCAGACCGGCUGCAACAAGGAGGUCCGCAACCAGCACACGAUGGACGAGGACAUGCUGGACCAGCAGGCCGGCAUCAUGGAGAAGAUCCGCGUCAAGAUCCACACCAAGAUCAUGAACAACAAGAACAUCGGCGAGCAGUUCGACAAGAGCACGCUGGACCGGCGCGAGCUCUACAUCGACACAAUCAACAACAUGAUGGCCGCCAGCAUGAAGCGCCGCACUCUGAUGGGCGACAGCAGACACCGGAACAACGGCCACGACGACACGGUAUCCACCGGCGGCGAGUUCCUGGAGACGACGCGGCUCGUGGGCCUCUCGUCGGCCAGCAAGGCCUCUCGCCGGAAAACGGGCCGCGACGCAAUGUCCGUCACGGCCUCGGGACUGCCAGAGGAGGCUCCGAUGUCUCGCUCGGCCUUCACGCCAGGCUCCAGCUACGUGCUCCGAGCUGGGUUCCGACUACCGAAGGCGCCGACGCCCAGCUCGCCCAUGACUUCGUUCCGCAAGGACUCGCUGACGACGCCGCUGAGUUCCAGGUCCGCGUUCGAUAUCAACAAUGACUCGACCGCAGGAGGGACAGUGCUGCUGUCCUCCCCAUCUGAGAGCAGUCGGAUGAAGUCGCCCGAGACACCGGCCGAGAACCUGCAAGGCUGGGCCACGGACGAGGCCAAGGACGAUGGCGGCAUGGCCAAAUCGUACUCGUUGCCAGCGUUGAAGCAACAAUAG